GCCCUGUUGCUGCUGGGUGGCAUCGCGCUCUCCUGCCUGGCCCUGGACCUGCUCUUCCUCUUGUUCUACUCCUUCUGGCUGUGCUGUCGCCAUCGGAAGAGCGACGAGAAUCUGAAUGCUGACUGCUGCUGUACAGCAUGGUGUGUCAUCAUCGCCACCCUGGUGUGCAGUGCUGGAAUUGCAGUUGGCUUCUACGGGAACGGGGAGACCAGCGACGGGAUCCACCGGCUGACGUACUCGCUGCGCCACGCCAACCGCACCGUGGCGGGCGUCCAGGAGCGGGUACUAGAUACUGCAGUGUCCCUGAACCAAACAGUGGAACCAAACUUGCUCAUCCUGGAGGAAAUGUUCACAAAGCAGACAGACUACCUGCACCUUGUCCAGAAACUGCAAAGUCUCUUGGAUGAUCUGGUCAGGCAAACAACUGAGAUCCCUUUUUGGAAGAAUGAAGAGCUGUCGCUGGAGGAGCUGGCAAUUCAGAUUGACCUCUACGACUGGUACAGGUGGCUGGGAUACCUGGGCCUGCUUCUGUUCCACGUCCUAAUUUGCUUGCUGGUGCUCUUCGGGCUCAUCAGAAACUCCAGGGCCAUUCUUAUGGGGGUGUGCUUGCUUGGGGUGUUUGCCCUGAUUGUCAGCUGGGGAUCCUUGGGUCUGGAGCUGGCUGUUGCUGUGGGCUCCAGUGACUUCUGUAUUAACCCUGAUGCUUAUGUCUCCAAAGUGGUUGAGGAGAAUGCAGUGCUUAGUGCUGAUACCCUCCGCUAUUACAUCACCUGUAGUGUUGGAUACCCCAACCCUUUCCAGCAGAAGCUGUCAGGAAGUCACAAGGCUCUGGUAGAAAUGCAGGAUGACGUUUUGGAACUCAUGAGGUCAGCAAGCAGAGAACACCCCACUUCCAAGGAGUAUCUUAACCGGAUCCAGGAGGUUUUAAAUUCAACAGAAAUCAACUUGCAGCAACUGACAGCUCUAGUAGACUGUCGGAGUCUGCAUUUGGAUUACGUCCAGGCUUUGACGGGUUUCUGCUAUGAUGGAGUGGAAGGCCUCAUCUACCUGGUUCUCUUCUCCUUUGUCACAGCCCUCAUGUUCAGUUCCAUUGUGUGCAGCGUCCCACACACUUGGCAGCAGAAGAGAAGCUCAGAUGAUGAUGGGGAAGAAGAAUCAGCUGCUCAAGGGAGUAGACAAACACACGAUAAUCUUUACAGAGUGCACAUGCCCAGCCUGUAUAGCUGUGGGAGUAGUUAUGGCAGUGAGACCAGCAUUCCAGCAGCAGCACACACAGUCAGCAAUGCUCCCGUCACGGAGUACAUGAGCCAGAAUGCAAAUUUCCAGAACCCCCGUUGCGAGAAUACCCCGCUCAUUGGCCGGGAGUCCCCACCUCCCUCAUACACCUCCAGCAUGAGAGCCAAAUACCUCGCCACCAACCAACCUCGUCCAGAUGCUGGCAGUGUGCAUUAA